AGUAAUGGUUGGUCUUACGAUUGGAUCUAUUACCUAGCAUAGCAUAGGAAGUAGAACAGAUUUGUAUACACUAUAUUCGUAUUAAUAUAUCAUAUAUAAUAAAUAGAUUUGUGUGAUGAAGUCAGAAAAGGAAAUAAAUAAGCAUAUUAAGAUUUAAUUGUACUAUAAGCUAGAGUUUAAUUUAAUAUAAUAAUAAAAAUAGAUACGAGGGAGAAUGGAUGAUUUUGAUAAAUUUUAUGAUAGAAAUUAUGCUGAUUAUCGUAUUGGUUAUUUUGAGAAAAUGAAAUUGAGAUUAAGAAAGUUAAUAAGUCCUCAUAUUGAUGUUAAUAGAUUAAUUUAUGAAGAAACUUAAAAUUAUAAUCAAUAGUAUAUGUAUAAAUCAAAUUUAUAGAUCAUCUCCUAUUAAGAAUACCACACCUCCACCUAUUAAUGAUAAUUAAUUAAAUGUUUAAAAAGUUACAGAAUUUGUAUCAAUACCAUCUAAAAGAGUUUAAUCACCUCCUAAUAAAAUGAAUACUUCUAGUAAUUAUAAUAGCACAAAUAAAUAAAAAUAAGCAACUCCAAUUGCAUAAAACAAUAAAAAGACAAGUAAAUAACCUUAAUAAAUGAAAUCUUCUUAAGUUAAGAGUAAGACAUAAUAGGAUGAAUUAGUUUUUACAAUAAAAAUGAGCAAAGAAGUAUUAUUUAAUGAUUAAAUAAAAUUAGGAAUAUUUGUAAUAUAUACAAGCUAAAUAAAAAUAGAGAUGA